UCCCAAACAGUCCCACCUCCACUGGCUCGAGCUCUGAAUCUGAUUGACAAUAAUGGCGACGCGAUCGUCUUGAGUUGCACCUCAAUGAAACAUCUCUCAAGAGCACAUUUCACCAAUCCUUUGUCAUUACCUGGACUUAAAGCUCGUUUUUAAGGAUAUAUCGCAGAAAUGAUCUCCGGAUCCUCUUCGAUCAGGAAAUAUUAAGUUCUGCUGCUGGUGUGAUAUUUUGGGAAAGCUCUAACAAAGGUCUCUUCGUCCGUGGCGUUGUGGUUGCUGCUGUUUACAGCCCCGUGCGUGCAUUUGUUUCGGGCAUGAAGAAAUGCGAUUACUUCACCUACAGCCAUUCAUUUAGCAAUCCCGUUUCCAUUAAAAACCGGGAAGCGUUUGUGAAAGUGGAUUAGCUGCACUGGAAGCUCUUCUGCUGCCGUUUGCAGGUUUUCACGGACAGCGGCUCGCGCAGACCUUCGGUAUCGCGUCACGCGAAGUUGGACCAUCUGUUGAACGUUUGCGAACGCACGGCAAACUUCGCAAAACAAUUUAUUACAGUACACGAUAAAACAACGAUUAUUUUUUUCCCUAAACCGAACGUUUUUGUUGCGUUUUUGCUAACGUCAAGUAACCGCUCACAACUUUAGGAAGGUUAGCUAUAGCUGGUUAGCUAGCUAUCCGGCCUUUACUUAAAAAACGGGCCGUUAGAGACGGAAAUCUACCGUUUUGCCAACAUUUUCCACCACUAUGCUUCCUUUUUUUAUCAAGUAAAUUCGCUUACUCUACCACGCAAACAACAUAAAGCUUACGUGUAUAUGUCGUCUAUGUAUCUAAUAGUUUACUGUAUAAAUGUUUAGUCAGUUUAUCAAUAUUUAUUAUUUUUUAUGAAUUAAUAAGAAAACAAGGGCAUCCCUUUUCUUGUCCAUACUGCUAAAUUGUCCUCCCUCACUGGCCACUGACCCAUAUGUAAGACGGGACGAAUUAGUUAAUUUAUAACCUCUAUUUUUCUGUGCUGGCUUAACGGCUAGUCAUAUUUAAGUUACAUAUAAUCGCAACGUCUGCUCGUAAAUGACCACCGGUAGGAACAACCGGGUCAUGAUGGAAGGAGUGGGAGCUCGAGUGAUCCGCGGUCCUGACUGGAAGUGGGGUAAACAGGACGGCGGAGAGGGGCACGUCGGCACCGUCAGGAGCUUUGAGAGUCCGGAGGAGGUGGUGGUGGUUUGGGACAAUGGCACCGCCGCCAAUUACCGCUGCUCUGGAGCCUAUGAUGUGAGGAUAUUGGACAGUGCGCCCACAGGAAUCAAGCACGAUGGCACCAUGUGUGACACCUGUCGGCAGCAGCCCAUCAUCGGGAUCCGGUGGAAAUGCGCAGAGUGCACCAACUAUGACCUCUGCACCACCUGUUACCAUGGCGACAAACACCACCUGCGUCACAGGUUCUACCGCAUCACCACCCCGGGUAGUGAGAGAGUUCUUCUGGAAUCUCGUCGCAAGUCGAAGAAGAUCACAGCCCGAGGUAUCUUUGCAGGAGGACGAGUGGUGCGGGGAGUGGAUUGGCAGUGGGAGGAUCAGGAUGGCGGGAAUGGAAGAAGAGGGAAGGUGACAGAGAUCCAGGACUGGAGUGCAGCCAGCCCCCACAGCGCAGCCUACGUCCUCUGGGACAACGGGGCCAAGAACCUCUACCGAGUGGGAUUCGAGGGCAUGUCUGAUUUGAAAUGUGUGCAAGAUGCCAAAGGAGGCGCUUUUUACAGAGACCACUGUCCAGUGUUGGGUGAACAGAAUGGAAACAGGAACCCCGGAGGCCUGCAGAUCGGAGACUUGGUCAACAUUGAUUUGGACCUGGAGAUCGUUCAGUCGCUGCAGCACGGUCACGGAGGCUGGACUGAUGGCAUGUUUGAGACCCUCACCACCACAGGCACUGUGUGCGGCAUCGAUGAGGACCAUGACAUUGUUGUGCAAUAUCCCAGUGGAAACCGGUGGACGUUUAACCCAGCGGUGCUCACCAAGGCUAACGUCGUUCGCAGCGGAGAGGUGGCGGCUGGAGCGGAGGGAGGCAGCUCUCAGUUCCUGGUGGGAGACUUGGUCCAGAUCUGCUAUGACAUAGACCGCAUCAAACUACUCCAGAGAGGACAUGGAGAGUGGGCUGAAGCUAUGCUGCCAACUCUUGGAAAAGUGGGCAGAGUGCAGCAGAUUUACUCUGACAGCGACCUGAAAGUGGAGGUGUGCGGGACGUCCUGGACGUACAAUCCAGCUGCUGUCACUAAAGUGGCUCCUUCUGGAUCGGCUGUUACUAAUGCUUCUGGAGAGCGCCUGUCUCAGCUCCUCAAGAAACUUUUUGAGACUCAGGAGUCUGGAGACAUUAAUGAAGAGCUGGUGAAGGCCGCCGCCAAUGGAGACCUUGCGAAAGUAGAGGACAUCCUGAAGAGGCCGGAUGUAGACGUGAACGGGCAGUGCGCAGGACACACCGCCAUGCAGGCAGCCAGCCAAAAUGGACAUGUGGACGUCCUCAAACUGCUGCUGAAACAUAAUGUAGACCUGGAGGCCGAGGAUAAGGAUGGAGACCGAGCUGUCCAUCACGCGUCCUUCGGGGACGAGGGCUCCGUCAUUGAGGUUCUGCAGCGAGGCGGAGCCGACCUGAACGCCAGAAACAAACGCAGACAGACGCCCCUGCACAUCGCUGUCAACAAGGGCCACCUGCAGGUGGUGAAGACGUUGCUUGACUUCGGCUGCCACCCCAGUCUGCAGGACUCAGAAGGAGACACACCGUUGCAUGACGCCAUCAGCAAGAAGAGGGAUGACAUGCUCUCUGUGCUCCUAGAAGCAGGUGCAGACGUCACAAUUACCAACAAUAAUGGCUUCAACGCGCUUCACCAUGCGGCUCUGCGAGGGAACCCCAGGUAUGACUUCAGAUGUGGCAUAACUGAAAUCGGGCUUCUGUUUAGUGACAAUUAUGCAGCUCUGAAUUCACCUCAUAUCUGGGGCUGGUACAGAUCUAAUUUGAGAUCUGUGAACGCAAAAGAAAUCACUUUAUCUUGCAAUUGAUUUUUUUUUAUGUCUCAUACUACAGCACAAUUACCAUUGUAGUUUCAUAAGUGGUGAUGCCCACUCACAUACAAACUACAGUUGGCGCUUUGAUUGCUAUUCUCCUAGGAGCUGUAGAAGAUUCUGUGUUAUCCUCCUCUUUAACACACACUUUUCUUUACUAUCAGCCUGAAUGUCCAGAUCAAGCAGUCAAAAUAUGCCUUGUGGUUGUUUUAAAUCUUCAUGUCGUUUCCUGGAUCUAUGGCAAACUUUUUCCACUCUUUUCUUACUUUUUUCAUGGAAUGGUAGAGUAAUUCCUUCUGGUGGAAUUUGAAACUUGUCGAAUCUCUUUGAGCUGGAAAUUUAGUUUUUUUAUAUAACUACUGAUU